AUGGAGUCUAAGCCGAGCCCGGUCGUUGAGGGCAUCACAAGCACACCAUCCAUCGGCGAGUCGGCCAACGGAAAAGACUCCCCCGCCCCGCCCCCUAAGCAAUCCGGUAUUUCGGGAUUUUUCCAUUGGCAUGAGCCCGGCACCUCACGCGAGGAGAAGAGGCUCAUUUUCAAGCUCGACUGGUUCCUCUUGAGCUUCUCAUGCCUCACGUUUUUUGUGAAGCAGUUGGAUCAAAACAACAUUUCAAAUGCUUAUGUCUCGGGCAUGUCCGAAGAACUCGGGUUUGGUCCUGGCAACGAGCUCUCGUGGAUGAACACCUACUUCAGCAUUGGUACCAUCAUUGGUGGCACUUUUUCGAACUUGAUGCUCACUGUAGUCCGGCCUCGCUAUUGGCUCCCCGGAUGCCUGCUUGUGUGGUCUUUGUUCGUUUUGUUUCUCUUCAAGUGUAACAACGCCCACGAGUUCUACAUCUUGCGAUUCUUCAUCGGCCUCUUUGAAUCGGCGGCCUGGCCAGGAGUCAUGUUUUGCUUAGGUUCGUGGUACCGCAAAAGCGAGUUGGCCCGCCGCAGCGGUCUUUUCGUCAUGAGCGGCGUCCUUGGACAAAUGUUCAGCGGGUACCUACAAUCUGCGCUAUUCAGCGGGAUGCAAGGCAAGGGCGGCAUGUCAGCGUGGCGCUGGCUCUUUAUCUUUGACUUCAUUCUGGGAGUUCCCGUUGCCAUUUAUGGCAUUACUUGCUUCCCAGAUACGCCACACACGACUCAAGCAUUCUGGCUGACGGAAUGGGAGAAAGAGCGCGCCCGGCAGCGCAUUGAAGAAGAGGGCCGCAAGCCUGUUGGCAAGAUGAACUGGUCCGUUAUCCAACGCGUCUUUGGAUCCUGGCAAGUGUACGCCUUCACAGCUGGCUAUGCAUUCUGGACCCUUACAUGCGGCUCCUACGCGAUCCAAUACUUCACACUGUACCUCAAGUCUCGCGGCUGGUACACCGUCCCCGAGAUCAACAACAUUCCUACUAGCAUCGGCGCUGUCAACUUCGUGUUCAUGAUUUCAACCGGGUACAUCGCCGAUAAAAUAGGGAACCGCGGUCCUGUAUGCUUCGGGGUCGGUUCCCUGCUUACCUUUUGCUACACUAUUCUCACGGCUUGGAGCGUCCCCCACGAGUUACGAAUGGCCGCUUUCAUCAUGCUCGGCUGUUACGGCUGCUACACACCACUCCUAGCUGGAUGGGCUAACGAGGCCUGUGGAGGCGAUCAGCAAAAGCGAGCGUUCAUCCUAGGAUUCAUGGUGUCCGUCGGUCAGGCCGUCGUUAUUCCGUUUCAGCAAUUGCAACUCCCCAGCGGACAAGCUCCCGAGUUUAAGCAGACUCACGGUUGGCCCAGCGCCUUGGCAUGGGUGGUGGCUUUGACCCUUUGGACAGGCAUCGGUAUUCCUUUUUUGCAGAAAUGGCGCGAUGGAAAGACCAAGGUUGUGUCUUCCGAGGAUGUUCUUGAGGAGUAA